AUGCGCGUGUUUCGAACACUCUUCCUACUAAGCUCUGCCUUGGUACCCGCGACAGUCGCAGUAGACGAUCCGGCCAAGGAUGCAGCGCCAUACCAUGAUGAAUUCCCUCUUUUCCGCAGCGCCAAUAUGAAUUCUCCCGACAAACUAUCCAGUGGUGUUGGCUUCCAUUCCUUCCGCAUCCCAGCGGUUGUUCGAACCAGUACCGGCAGGAUUCUCGCUUUUGCAGAAGGACGUCGACAUGAUAAUCGAGAUUUCGGCGACGUCAACCUUGUAUACAAGCGCACCAAGACCACAACGGAUAACGGUGCAAGCACCUCUGACUGGGAAAGUUUGCGCGAGGUCGUUGGUAGUGGCGACGGAACUUGGGGCAAUCCGACGCCUGUCGUGGAUGGUACCACGAUCUACUUAUUUCUGUCCUGGAACAAUGGCAGCUAUAGCCAAAAGGGGAAUGACGAGCUACCAGAUGGAACAAUCACAAAAAAGAUUGACAAGACAUGGUACGGUCGUCGGCAUCUAUUCCUCACAACCAGCGUCGACGACGGCAACACGUGGUCGAAACCCGAGGAUCUGACGACUACGUUGACCCCCGAUAACUGGUCUUGGGAUGCAGUCGGGCCUGGAAAUGGAAUCAAGCUAGAUUCGGGAGAACUGGUCAUUCCUGCCAUGGGCCGUAACAUUGUUGGCCGUGGCACAGCAGGCAAUCGGACUUGGUCAAAACAGAUUCUUACCGGUGCGGGAGCCGAAGGCACCAUUUGCCAGACACCAGAUGGCAAGCUAUACCGCAACGAUCGACCAAGCUCUGCAGGCUAUCGUAUCGUGGCAAGAGGUAGCCUUGACGGAGGUUUUGAUACAUUUGCCUCAGACGGAGGAUUGCCCGACCCGGCAUGCGAAGGUUCCGUGUUGAGGUAUAAUUCGGAUGCCCCAGCGAGAACAGUUUUCCUCAACUCGGCUUCCACUACUAGCAGACGCGCUAUGAGAGUCCGCAUCAGCUAUGACAAUGAUGCUGCCAAGUUUGACUAUGGACGUAAACUUUCAGAUGCUCCUGUCUCAUCCGCCGGAUAUGAAGGUGGAUACUCCAGCAUGACGAAGACGGCAGACUAUAAGAUUGGAGCUUUGGUUGAGAGUGAUUUUUUCAAUGAUGGAACUGGAAGCGGUUCAUACCGAUGUAUCCUCUGGCGGAGGUUCAAUCUGUCGUGGAUUUUAAACGGUCCAAAUAAUUAG